AUGAUUUUCCCAACAGCUCGGAUUUAUACUCGUAGUUCUAACAUCGUGACCAAAACGAGGAUGUCUUUCAUGAGUUUAAAUGAUCAACAGAGAGAACAGUUACUGCAACCAUUGCUUGAAAAAGGAUGGAAAGUCGUUAAAGGCCGCGAUGCGAUUCAAAAGAUCAUCAGAUUCAAAGAUUUUAGCGAAGUAAGUCCAGAAACUUUUUUGAUUUCAUUCAUGAACUCUGUGCAAGAUUUGCAGGCAUUUGGCUUUAUGACAAGAGUUGCAAUGUAUGCAGAGAAAAUGAAUCAUCACCCUGAAUGGUCCAACAUAUAUAACAAGGUGGAAGUGACCUUAAAUAGCCAUGACGUAAACGGUUUAUCAGAAAGGGAUAUUGAAUUGGCAAAAUUUAUUGAGAAACUGUGCAAUCAAUAG